AUGCACUCUCACGACAGCUCACCCUCCCCGGAGAAUGGAGACUCUAUCCCCAGGCGGUCCAGCUCAUUUGGAGUCGAUUCCGGAAAGCUCAGCGACAGUGGUGCUGCUAUUGGCAUGGCACUAGUGGGGGUUGUGAUCUUCAUCAUUGUGUUCAUCAUCUGCUGCUGCUGCCCCUGCUGCUAUAUCUAUAAAAUGUGUAGACAACCCAGACCUGUCGUAGGACCACAAGUAACCACAGUCAUGAAUAUGCAAACAUUCCAGCAGCCUGCAAUGCAGGGGAUCCAGUACACACAAUACCAACCAGUGCCGACUCAACCGGGUUGCGGUGGUCAGCCAAUGCAGAUGGGACCAUAUCAGGGACAGCAAUAUGCACCAGGACCCCCACCCUCAUAUCAAAUGGCCCCGAAGCCUGAAUAUCCCACUAGUCAGAGUGCAUAUCAUGGAGGCCAGGCCAUGUACCCCAUGCAACCACCUGCCCAGCCAGGUGUAGCUUAUAUGCAUUCAGAGACAUCGAGUCAGCCGGCCAACAACCCCGCCAAAGUGCAGCCACCAAACACCAGUUACUAA